CGGUGCAGCCCGUCACUCCGCCCCGACUCCGGCUCUACUCGGCCACACGCAACCAUUUCCUCCGUCGGCUUCCUUAAACUGGCGGUGCCUGGAAACGGAACGAGACGAGACCGGGAAGGAGAAGAGGAGGAGCUCGGCGGUUGAAGAAUUGGCCUCGGAUCGCACCUGAAAAAGGCCGGAGAGACGCGAAUUUGCAGGGCGGAUCAUGCCAAUCCGUCGAUUCCGGAUGGGAGCCUCUGGCGGAUGUGCUUCUCAUUGUGGCCUCUGAAUCUGAUAGUGUUGAGAUGCAUAGAGUUGAUUAUCAGCUUCAAGGACAACAAUGAAGCGAUAUGUUGAUAUCAAUGACGAUGCAUCAUCUCAGGAUUUCUACUGUGACAACCGAAUAUCCAACAGAAAAUACACUAUAUUGAAUUUUAUUCCAAAGAACUUAUGGGAGCAGUUCAGCCGGUUCAUGAACCAGUAUUUUCUAUUGAUUGCCUGCCUUCAGCUAUGGUCACUUAUUACUCCAGUGAAUCCUGCCAGUACAUGGGGUCCUCUCAUCUUUAUAUUUGCUGUCUCAGCAACAAAAGAGGCAUGGGAUGAUUACAAUAGAUAUCUCUCUGACAAAAAGGCAAAUGAGAGAGAAGUAUGGAUUGUCCGUCAUGGAGUUAAAAAACUGAUUCAAGCACAGGACAUUCGUGUUGGUAACAUUGUAUGGCUUCGUGAGAAUGAUGAAGCACCAUGUGAUCUAGUUUUGCUCGGAACGUCCGAUCCACAGGGAGUCUGCUAUAUAGAGACAGCUGCCCUUGAUGGUGAAACCGAUCUAAAGACAAGGGUUGUACCUGCUGCUUGCAUGGGAAUCAAUCCUGAACUGUUGCACAAAAUCAAGGGUGUUAUUGAGUGCCCCAAUCCUGAUAGGGACAUCAGAAGAUUUGAUGCUAACCUUCGAUUACUUCCUCCAUUUCUUGAUAAUGAUGUGUGCCCUUUAACCAUAAAAAACACCAUUCUUCAAACAUGCUACUUGCGGAAUACAGAGUGGGCUUGUGGAGUAGCUGUUUAUACAGGUAAUGAAACAAAGAUGGGUAUGAGCAGAGGUGUACCAGAACCUAAGCUAACUGCUGUAGAUGCCAUGAUUGACAAGUUGACUGGAGCCAUAUUUAUCUUCCAAAUAGUCGUUGUAAUGGUUUUGGGGAUAGCUGGUAAUGUAUGGAAGGAGACAGAAGCAAGAAAGCAAUGGUAUGUCAUGUAUCCACACGAAGGUCCCUGGUAUGAGCUCUUGGUCAUACCUUUGCGGUUUGAACUUCUUUGUUCCAUCAUGAUUCCCAUAUCUAUUAAGGUAUCUCUGGACCUCGUGAAAAGUCUGUAUGCAAAAUUUAUUGACUGGGAUCAGAAAAUGGUUGACCAGGAAACUGGUAUCGCUGCCCAUGCUGCAAACACAGCAAUAAGUGAGGACUUGGGUCAAGUUGAGUACAUUCUGACUGACAAAACUGGAACACUCACUGAAAACAAGAUGAUUUUUAGAAGAUGCUGCAUCAGCAGCAAAUUUUAUGGAAAUGAAACUGGGGAUGCCUCGAAAGACUUGGAACUGCUUAAUGCUAUUGAUUCUGGCUCUCCAGAUGUUAUUAGGUUUCUAACAGUUAUGGCAAUAUGCAACACAGUUAUCCCUGUGCAAAGUAAAACUGGAGCAAUCUCAUAUAAGGCACAAUCUCAGGAUGAAGAUGCUCUUGUUCAUGCUGCUGCAAAACUGCUUAUGGUUCUAUUCAAUAGGAAUGCAAAUAUUCUUGAGAUUAAGUUCAAUGGAAUAGGUAUCCGUUAUGAGGUAUUGGAAACUCUAGAGUUCACAUCUGAUAGGAAAAGGAUGUCCAUAGUGGUGAAAGACUGCCAGAAUGGAAAGAUAUUUCUGUUGACCAAAGGAGCAGAUGAAGCAAUAUUUCCUCACGCCAAUUCUGGGCAACAAACAAGGACCUUUGUGGAAGCUGUUGAACAAUAUUCUCAACUGGGUUUACGCACUUUAUGCUUGGCUUGGCGUGAACUAAUGGCUGACGAAUAUCAUGAAUGGUCUCUAUCAUUUAAAGAGGCUAGCAGUACAUUGGUUGAUAGGGAGUGGAGAAUAGCGGAGGUCUGUCAAAGAAUUGAACAUGAUUUUGAAGUUCUUGGAGUCACCGCAAUAGAGGAUCGUCUUCAGGAUGGUGUGCCGGAAACAAUUGAGACACUCAGAAGAGCAGGAAUAAAUUUUUGGAUGCUUACUGGUGACAAGCAGAAUACUGCCAUACAGAUUGCACUGUCUUGCAACUUCAUAUCUCCAGAGCCCAAGGGUCAGCUUCUUCUAAUUGAUGGGAAAACCAACGACGAAGUUUGUAGAAGCUUAGAAAGAGUUUUGCUCACAAUGAAGAUAACUUCCUCAGAACCUAAGGAUGUGGCAUUUGUUGUUGAUGGAUGGGCUCUUGAAAUUGCUCUGACAUAUCAUCGGAAGGCUUUCACUGAGUUAGCCAUAUUGUCAAGGACAGCUAUCUGUUGCCGGGUGACACCAUCACAAAAAGCUCAGCUUGUGCAACUCUUAAAAUCAUGUGAGUACAGAACCUUGGCCAUUGGAGAUGGUGGAAAUGACGUCAAGAUGAUUCAACAAGCUGACAUAGGAGUUGGCAUUAGUGGCAGAGAAGGACUACAGGCAGCUAGGGCUGCUGAUUAUAGCAUUGGGAAAUUCAAAUUUCUGAAAAGAUUGAUACUGGUUCAUGGGCGAUACUCCUACAACCGAACAGCAUUUCUCUCGCAGUAUUCUUUCUAUAAAUCAUUACUAAUAUGUUUCAUCCAAAUCUUUUUCUCCUUCAUUUCAGGUAUUUCUGGAACCAGUCUUUUCAACUCAGUCAGCUUGAUGGCCUUUAAUGUUUUCUACACCAGCAUCCCUGUCUUAGUUAGUGUACUUGACAAAGAUGUUGGUGAAGAGACUGUUAUGCAGCAUCCACAAAUUCUUUUUUACUGCCAAGCGGGGAGGCUUCUGAAUCCUAGCACAUUUGCUGGAUGGUUUGGACGAUCGCUUUUUCAUGCGGUUGUUGUAUUUGCCAUCAGCAUACAUGCAUAUGCUUUUGAGAAGAGUGAAAUGGAGGAGGUAUCUAUGGUGGCCCUCUCUGGAUGUAUAUGGUUGCAAGCCUUCGUGGUGACACUGGAGACAAACUCGUUCACAAUGUUGCAACAUCUCGCCAUAUGGGGAAAUUUGUUUGCAUUCUACAUCAUCAACUGGAUGUUAAGUGCCAUCCCUUCAUCAGGGAUGUACACGAUAAUGUUCCGGUUGUGCCAACAACCAUCUUACUGGCUAACUAUGUUGGUCAUAGUUGGAGCAGGAAUGGGUCCUAUUCUAGCUCUGAAGUAUUUCAGAUACACAUACAGACCUAGUCAGAUCAAUAAACUCCAGCAAGCGGAACGCAUGGGGGGGCCGAUUUUGUCCCUGGGAAACGUUGAACAACAGCCGAGGCCGACGGAGAGAGAUGUUACUCCAUUGUCAAUCACUCAACCCAAGAACAGAAAUCCAGUGUACGAGCCUUUGCUUUCGGAUUCUCCCAAUUCCACCAGGAAGUCUUUCGGGACCGGAACCCCCUUCGAUUUUUUUCAGUCGCAGACUAGACUGUCUUCGAGUUACUCACGAAACUGUAAGGACAACUAGAGAUGACCAUUCUUUUUUCUUCUUCUAUCCUAUCAGAACUUGUAUAGUACCGGCAUAACGAACUUUAGUAUGGAGAUAUUAGAGUUUGUAUCAUAGAAGGAACACUUGUACUAUGAUUUUACGAAUGAUCAAAGGUAUAUUUUUUCUGCUAA